UGUAUUCGUUGUCCGGCUCUGCUGAAGAAAAGUCAGAAUGUUUCUUGAGCUGUUUUCAGCAACAACAUGGACUUCACUGGCUCUUCUUUUCACCCUGGUGUUACUGUAUGGAAUUUGGCCAUACAGGUUAUUCUCAAAGCUGGGGAUUGAAGGACCAAGACCGUUGCCUUAUAUUGGAACAAUACAUUACUUACAAAAGGGAUUUCUUGGAUUUGACCGUGAGUGCCAGGCCAAGUAUGGAGAUGUCUGGGGGGUGUUUGAAGGACGAAUGCCAGUUUUACUGGUGGCCGACCCUGAAAUGAUUAAAAAUGUGUUGGUGAAGGAGUGCUACUCUGUGUUCACCAACCACAGGGAUGCUGUAAUAUUUCGAGGACCUUUGGCAGAUGCUAUUGUAUCAGUUAAAGAUGAAAAGUGGAAACGAAUGCGGAGCACGAUAUCUCCAUGCUUCACCAGUGGAAGACUCAAGCAGGUUUAUCCUCUUGUUGCUCGCUGUGCAGAUCGACUUGUUGAAAAACUUGGACGUGCAAAUUUGGACGAGUCUAUCGAUGUCAAACAACUUCUGGCCCCUUACAGCUUAGAUGUGGUGACCAGUGCAUCUUUCAGUGUGGAGACAGACGCCAUAAACAACCCAGAAGACCCCGUCAGUGUUCAUAUCCAGAAGCUUCUUAACUUCAGACUUUGGCCCAUUUUCUUACAAAGGAUGCUUCCGUUUGGUGGUCGGCUGCUGGAUCUUCUGAAAAUCGAUCCGAUGCCCAGACUCAGUGUGGAUUUUUUCUACAACCUCAUCAAGAGAUUCAAAGACCAGCAUAAUGCAGGAGAAUCUACUCGAGGAGACUUUCUGCAGGUGUUGAUUCAGAACGAGAUACCAGAAUCAGACAUAAAGAGCGAACACGAGCAGCCCAGUAAAGGUUUGACUGAACACGAGAUCCUCUCCCAGGCCUUCAUCUUCAUCUUCGGUGGCUAUGAGACCACCACUGUCACUCUCAGUUACAUCUUCUACAAUCUGGCCACAAACCCUGAUGCCAUGCAGAAGCUGCAUGAAGAAAUCGAUGCCAGUCUCCAGAAAGAUGAUCUGGACGGUCUUCAGUACCUGGACCAGGUUAUCAAUGAAUCAAUGCGUUUGCUUCCCACUACGCCUCGGCUUGAGAGGGCAUGCAAAAAGACUGUGCAGAUCAAAGGCAUCACCAUCCCUGAAAGAACUCUGGUUGCGAUUCCUGUGCACCUGCUGCACAAGGACCCUCGCUACUGGAAGUCACCUGAGCUUUUUAGGCCAGAGAGGUUUGAUAAAGACAGCGGGGAGGAGGUGAACCCAUACGCGUUCAUGCCGUUUGGUCUCGGCCCUCGUAACUGUGUUGGGAUGCGCUAUGCUAUCCUCGUCAUGAAGAUGAUCAUUGUCCGUGUCCUGCAGAAUUACUCUUUGGAAACGUGCAAAGAAACCAUGAUUCCUCUGGAGUUGAACAGGAGGUUUCAACCGGUGAAGCCCAUAAAGCUCAAGAUUGUUCCCAGAAAACAAUAAUCCAAGAAGGAACAUUUCCACAUACACCGAUCAUACAUAACAUUGUGACCACCUGCCUAAUAUUCCACUCGUGCUGUUACUGGCAGCAGGCCUGCCACGGCACAUGAUCUGCUGCUUUCACCCAUCCACCCUUUUUAGUGUUUUUUUUUUUCUUUCUCUUGCUCUUUUUUAAUGUCCCGCUCUUUGCCCACCUAAUUGCCCCUUGGGGAUCAAUAAUUUUUUUUCUGAUUCUGAUUGUCUCCUUUAUGCUGCUAAAACUCCUCUGACCCAGUGGGACCUCUGGGGAUGUCCUGUGGCCCCCCGAUGGCAGCAGUGAAUUCUGUGGGUCCGGGGGGUUGCGGGGUCGGACCUACCUAGAUCAAGCUUAUCCUAGCACAUCCUACAGAUGCUCAGUCAGAUUUGGAUCUGGUGUGGAACCCAGGUGAACACUUUUGGUCUGUUGUGUUCCUCGGGCACUCCUAAGCAGCUUUUGCGGUGUGUUGGGGUGCAUUGUCCUGCUGAGGGUGGCAACUAGCAUCGAGAACUGCUGCUGCAGUUGGGGAUGUGGAGGCGGCAGGUUGCUUGACCUGCAAUGCUUUGGUGUGUGGUAAUGUCAAACAUCACCAUGAAUAUCAGGAAUCAAGGUUUCCCAGCAGAAUGUUGCAUUAAAACAAGAUGACUGAUGUUCUUCAUUUCAAGUGUCACUGCUGACGAUCACGUGAUUGUGCUCCUACUACAAAUCCACCGGGACUUAUCCAUUAGAAAUGAUACAAGGCACAGGUGAUUAUGUCCCUGUCACAGCUAGAGGCUGUGAUUAGGUGGCAGUGCUUUCUCCUCCUCCGGCUCUGUCCUCUCUCUCUCUCUCUUGGUGUGUGGCAGAGGCUGGCAGCAGGUGGAGGUGAUUCCAAUCAGCUGAUUGUGUGCAGUUGGGAGUCGCCUAAUCAAGCAGGCUGGCAUUCCUUGAAAACGUGGCUCGACUUGUCAUUUGGUGCCGGAUCGUCUCCUAACAAACAGUUAGUGUUGUGACCAGGACUGUCUGAGCCGUUUUUUCCUCGUAUUUCUAUGUUUCGGGCUGACUCUCGCAUGCUUCUGUUGUCGUCAUCUCUGGGUGUGGAGUUCUCCAUCUGGGGCCUAUUUCACGAAGCAGGUUUUACAAACUCUGAGUUUCUUCCGCAACUCUGAGUUGAUCUACUCUGAGAUAGAAAACUCUGAGUUUCCCUCAUUUCAGGGUUAACAAACUCCUAGCUUCUGUUGGCAGAGGAGGACUUCAGCUGCUGUCACGCCAUUUAAGAGCGUGCCACAAGGGCGUAAGUUUGGUCUCAACAUUGGUAGGGACGAUAUAACAGCAUAACCUGCAUGUACACUUUUUGCUGGGGACGGGACAUUAAUAAGACCAAACAGAUUGGGUGAACGGGGGUCAGGGCUACAUUUCUCACGAAUAUAAACCUAAUUAAUUGAUAAGCUAAAUGAUCAAUGCAAAAUAAAUCUGUAUUGACUUAUA